AGUAGUGGGAGACGCGCGCUGAGAGGCGGGGGCUGCGCUCGGCGGAACAGCAGCCCUCGGGCGGAGAGCGGGGCCGGGGUCCGAGAGCAGGUGACGCCAAGAGCUGAGCGGGACUCGCGCGGUUCAGCACCUACCAGGGCGCCCGCUAAAAAACCUCGCCUUCGCCUGUCUCUGGGAACCAUAGCCCCGCAGGUGCCUCCUGUCCUCGCCUUCCUGCUGCAAUCGCCCCACCAUGGACUCCCCGAUCCAGAUCUUCCGCGGGGAGCCGGGCCCUACCUGCGCCCCGAGCGCCUGCCUGCCCCCCAACAGCAGCGCCUGGUUUCCCGGCUGGGCCGAGCCCGACAGCAACGGCAGCGCCGGCUCGGAGGACGCGCAGCUGGAGCCCGCGCACAUCUCCCCGGCCAUCCCGGUCAUCAUCACGGCGGUCUACUCCGUAGUGUUCGUCGUGGGCUUGGUGGGCAACUCGCUGGUCAUGUUCGUGAUCAUCCGAUACACAAAGAUGAAGACAGCAACCAACAUUUACAUAUUUAACCUGGCUUUGGCAGAUGCUUUAGUUACUACAACCAUGCCCUUUCAGAGUACGGUCUACUUGAUGAAUUCCUGGCCUUUUGGGGAUGUGCUGUGCAAGAUAGUAAUUUCCAUUGAUUACUACAACAUGUUCACCAGCAUCUUCACCUUGACCAUGAUGAGCGUGGACCGCUACAUUGCCGUGUGCCACCCCGUGAAGGCUUUGGACUUCCGCACACCCUUGAAGGCAAAGAUCAUCAAUAUCUGCAUCUGGCUGCUGUCGUCAUCUGUUGGCAUCUCUGCAAUAGUCCUUGGAGGCACCAAAGUCAGGGAAGACGUCGAUGUCAUUGAGUGCUCCUUGCAGUUCCCAGAUGAUGACUACUCCUGGUGGGACCUCUUCAUGAAGAUCUGCGUCUUCAUCUUUGCCUUCGUGAUCCCUGUCCUUAUCAUCAUCGUCUGCUACACCCUGAUGAUCCUGCGUCUCCAGAGCGUCCGGCUCCUUUCUGGCUCCCGAGAGAAAGAUCGCAACCUGCGUAGGAUCACCAGACUGGUCCUGGUGGUGGUGGCGGUCUUCGUCGUCUGCUGGACUCCCAUUCACAUAUUCAUCCUGGUGGAGGCUCUGGGGAGCACCUCCCAUAGCACAGCUGCUCUCUCCAGCUAUUACUUCUGCAUCGCCUUAGGCUAUACCAACAGUAGCCUGAAUCCCAUUCUCUACGCCUUUCUUGAUGAAAACUUCAAGCGGUGUUUCCGGGACUUCUGCUUUCCACUGAAGAUGAGGAUGGAGCGGCAGAGCACUAGCAGAGUCCGAAAUACAGUUCAGGAUCCUGCUUACCUGAGGGACGUCGAUGGGAUGAAUAAACCAGUAUGACUAGUCGUGGAGAUGUCUUCGUACAGUUCUUCAGGAAGAGAGGAGUUCAAUGAUCUAGGUUUAACUCAGAUCACUACUGCAGUCUGACAUGAAAAGAUAGAAUUUAAAAUAAACUUUUAGAGAUCUCAUGGUCUGAAGUCAUCAGAUGCAGACCACAUUCGUGAUCAGUGGAAACAUCAAGGACAAAAGGUCCACGCAACACAUGCACCUCUUCUCUAGGGCACAGAAGCGAGGCAGAGCCUCAGUUCCUCUGAUGAACAAGGGAACAGGUCUUUUCCUUCUGGUUUGCUAGGUAAGGUUCAGCACCCAUCUGCUGUGGCCUUCCUAUGAAAUGUAGUUUCAAAAGCUCGGUUUAAGAAAAAAGGAAAAGAAAAAACAUGGCUUUCAGAGCUCAAUGGGCAUCCAAUCCAGAUGUUUCACAAUGACAGCAACAACCUCCAACGGAAUGGGAACUAUUUCCAGGGUUCAUGCCCAGCUCACUGUAUGCUGUGUGGACAUGCAUUUCAUGUGGCUGUGUGGUAAGAAUUACAGCUUACAUAUGGCUUGGACCCACAUCUGAGGAAUCUGAUGUUCACUUAUAUCAGAACAUUAUCUUGCUAUUUAUGAAAUUAUUUAAACAUUCAAAAGAUUGUUUUUUAACAUGGUUUAAUUUCUCAAAAACUACAGUUUUUUUUCUUAGCAUGCUAUUCAGGUAGACAGUCUUAUAAUAAAGCAUGUCCCAUUGUCAAGAAACAUAAAGUGGUGUGAAUACCACUGAAAAUAUAUAUAUAGUAUCUUCUGUAAAUAAUAGUACCUGUGUGAAUAAGGAAUAGGCUUGCCUCCCAGCCAGGCAAUUUCCUGAGGGCACACUAAUGAUAUCCCCUGAGUUGCUAAGUUGAUGCUGAGACAUUUUGCUGGGAAUUAGUCAUGGCAUGAUCUCUUUCAGACUCCCUGAAUACCAUUUAGUCCUGUAACAGUGCUCACAACUCAUGUGUUAAUGAAUCACAAAGGCUUUAACUAGCUCCCAGGUUGUAGCCUUCGCAGGAUCUAGUUUAUUUGCCACAUCUCUUUAUGAACAUAUAGCGAUUCGCAGAUCUCUCUAUUCACGGAGAGGAAGGUGUUUUGCUUCUGUAGAUCUCAAGGUACUAUUUUGUGGCUCUCAGCAGGAAGUAGAAUUGUUCCUAAAUGUGUGCUGAAUGAGGACAUGAUGUCCCUCCUGGUGCCAGGACACAUCCUGCAUGGCAUUCUGUGAAGGGCAUACCUGCUGAGGAUAAUGCCAGGAGCAGCAAAUUUAGGGUAAUUUUGCUAAAACUUCCAGAUGACAUAUAAAUUCCCUCUUUUCCCCCCUGAAACUUACCAUUUCAGAGGUAAUGGCUUUUUCUGUAAUUUGCCUGAGAAGAAAAAAGGGAUAAUUUAGAAAUAACACUCCAAGCCUAUAUAUUAUUAGGGCUGCAUCCUCUGGAAUUUAAUAGAAAAAUUGAAUAUAUAGCCCUAUGUAACUACAGACAUCAUUACAACUGUUAAGUUCUGUUCACCAUGCAAGUUCUCAGUGGUGUAUGUACUCUCACCUUUUGGAAACAAAACCUUGCAUUGAAGGUUUUACACACGGCUUCAGAAUGUUACUCUGACCAUGUUUGCCUCUACUCCAGAUUAUCAUGGCACCUAACACAGAUGACAUAUGGCAGAAUGGAAGUGAUUUCUCCUAAUGAAAAUGAAGUGCUCUUUUGAGUAUUUCUUGUUUUAUUGAGAUUCCUAUAUGCCCUUGUAUUUUUAUAACUGAAUGUAAAUAGGAAUGGCUUAAAUACUGGUUUACACUAAUCCCAUAGUUAAAAAUCUUGGCUAUGGUACAGAAAGGAUAUCUAUAUAGAGGAUAGUUCCAGAAACAAGCCCUGGUGAAAUAGGAAAUAUAAAAACUUCUUUAUGGAACAGGAAAACCCAAGAGACUUUCUCGUCAGAUUCCUUUCCAGUGCAAAGUAUAACAGAGAUAGGAUUAUGAGAUGAAAUCACAGUAGUGUGUUCCUUUUAAUUUUUUCUGUCGUCUUUUUUUUUUUUUUUGAGACGGAGUCUCGCUCUGUUGCCCAGGCUGGAGUGCAGUAGCACAGUCUUGGCUCACUGCAACCUCCACCUCCUGGGUUCAAGCGAUUCUCCUGCCUCUGCCUCCUAAGUAGCUGGGAUUACAGGCGUGCACUGCCAAGCCUGGCUAAUUUUUGUAUUUUUAGUAGAGACGGGGUUUCACCAUGUUAUGCAGGCUGGUCUCAAACUCCUGACCUCAGAAUAUUCACCCGCCUCGGCCUCCCAAAGUGCUGGGAUUACAGGUGUGAAUGGCCACGCCUGGCCUGUUUCCUUUAAGUUAGCACUUCACGUGCUCUUACAGCGUUAAUUGCCAUUAUUGGUUUGCCUGAUUUUCCUGCAUCUCCUCAUAUGUAAGUCUGCAGCCCAAGGAGAGAAUAGUAGCUGUAUGUGCCCACAAGGGGUGUCCAAGCUUCUUGAUUCUUGUUAAUAUUGACUCCCCAACAUUGAAAAAGGAGUGAAGAAGGGAAUAUCAUUUUAGGGUACUGCUUUAAAGGAAUGAUAAAGUAAACAAC